ACCCAUGACACACCUUAUCCUCUCUCAUUUCAGGAGCAUUGUUGCUAUUAUAAUAUUAGCUCCAAAUAUAAGAUAUUGCGGUUGUAGAAAGAGGGUUGCGUGCAAGUGCAACAUGUAAUUUUGUAAAUGAUGCGUUGGUUCGUGAUAUCUUUAUAAUUCUUUCAAAUACUCAUGGAAGCCUGUUCAGCCAAUGAACGCCUCCAGUUUGGGAAGAUGGGAUACGGAUGCAAGCAUUAUAGGAGGAGAUGCAGGAUUCGAGCUCCUUGUUGCUACGAGGUCUUCUCUUGUCGCCAUUGUCACAAUGAGGCUGCGAGCAUGUUGAGAAACCCUUAUGAUCGACAUGAGAUUGUUCGACAAGAUGUUAAACAAGUUAUUUGUGCAGUUUGCGACACAGAGCAGCCGGUUGUGCAGGUCUGUACAAACUGUGGCGUAAAUAUGGGGGAAUAUUUCUGUGAGAUUUGCAAGUUCUAUGAUGAUGAUACUGAGAAAAAGCAGUUUCAUUGUGAUGAUUGUGGGAUCUGCAGAGUUGGUGGUCGUGAGAACUACUUUCAUUGCAAGAAGUGUGGGACUUGCUAUGGAAUUGGUUUGCGUGAUAAUCAUAUGUGUGUGGAGAACUCCAUGCAGCACCACUGUCCCAUAUGCUAUGAGUACCUCUUUGACUCACUGAAAGACACUACUGUAAUGAAAUGUGGGCACACGAUGCAUUGUGAAUGUUAUAAUGAGAUGAUGAAGCAUGACAAGUAUUGUUGUCCAAUAUGCUCCAAGUCAGUCAUUGAUAUGUCCAGAAUAUGGAAAAGGAUGGACGAGGAGAUACAGGCGACAGUCAUGCCUGAGGAGUACCGUUACAAGAAGGUUUGGAUUCUUUGUAACGACUGCAAUGACACAACAGAAGUAUACUUUCACAUAGUUGGGCAGAAAUGCAGCCACUGCAACUCAUACAAUACGCGGACAAUAGAACCUCCAGUUCAGCCUCAAUAAUAAGAGAUAAUGGGGGAAAUGUAUACGGGAAACACACUGGGGCAAGUUCAGUUUGAACCUGGAGCACAAUAUGAGGUGGAGUUCAUAAUUCUCAUUUCUAUUAUGAAACUGUUGCUAUAUCAUUGUACUAUGAUGCAAAUAACCGUAGAAUUUGUCUUUCCUCAGAAACUUCUUCUGAGCUUAUUCUUCUUCUUCCUCCUAUUAUUACAGCGAACUGGUAUUUGGUUUUUAUAAAAUGAUAUCAAUACAAUAGUACUACGAGG